AUGUUCGCUGUGUGGCUCUCAAGCCCCGGCGGCCCACGAUGCCGUGCUGAUCUCUCUGUCUGGUCCUGCUUGAAGGCGUCCCGCGUCUGCGAGGCGCCUAACCCCGAAACAGCGAAACAUGGCAAGACAUCCCACGAGGCACGUCUUUCUCCCCAAUGCGCCACGAAUUUGCCGCCGGGGAAAGAGAAGAAUACUGGAGCAAAGCCUGUGAUCAGUGACACGCACAUCUACAACGCUGAAGCCUGGAAAGGAGAGUGGGAGGAAAAGGAAAAAGAGGAGUUUGUAACCCACGAUCUCAAGAUUCCGGCAUUGCUGAAGUGA